ACUUAGUCCAGCAAAACAUUGCAAGGUCGCUGCACACGCAGCCCUUAUUUUUAAAAAAGCAUUUAAGGUGGCAUGGCCCAUUGCGGCAAACAAUGUGGGCGGGUCUCUAUAACUAUAUUGUUGAACGGUACAAUAAUACGCAGCAAAUACACUGCGUGCAUGUUCUGAAUUGCAAAACUGACUGUGCAUUUCCGAGUCAGUGUAAUUAAGACUACGUGAUAUACCAGUUGACCUGUUUAUAUAGUUUUCUAUCAACGCAGAUCUGCGGCUAGAGAGAGGGAAAAUUGAGAGGGACACCUUAACAGAAGUGAGCUUUGCCUCCACCGUCGGCGCGGACCAAUCACAGGCUGCUGUCUGUUUAAAUACACUUUCUUUGCAGCUAAGUUCAAUCGCCAUAUUGGGCACUGCGAAGGCUCGUCUUUUUGCUUUGCUCCCAUCCGAAGAUAGAAUUGACAGGAGUGGCUUUUUCUUUUUUUCUAGCGAUUGCACUUUGUUUUGAUGAUCCGUGCAGAUUUACUUCUGCUCUCUCUGGCUCUGUUCGGCGGCUCCUUUUUACGCAUGGUACACAUGCGUGGGCGCUAACGCACUGCAUCACAGCUAUAUAUAUAUUCUGUUUUGAUUACGCCGGAGCGCGGAGGAAAUUCGUGUGUUUUUUCCCCCUCCUAGUUGUUUGUUUUGUUUCGCUUCGUCCUUCUCGCCAUGUCAGAUGUCCGUCUCUCGAGUAGCCCCACGCUGGAGAGGAUGGACGUCCGGCUGUCCGAUCAUUCGAAGUCCCGGGCUUGCCGGUGCCUCUUCGGUCCAAUCGAUCACGGCGAGUUGAAGAAGGAUCAGCAGGAGCUCCAGCGGCUCCAGGAGGAAACGGCAGCUCGAAAGUGGAAUUACGACUUUGCCAGGGACCGGCCGCUGGCCGGCGGCGCCUACGACUGGACGGCGGUGAACAGCUGCGACCUGCCAGAGUUUUACAGCCGGGGGCAUCCCGGCGCUGGAGUCGCACUCCCCUCAGCGAGCGCCGCCGACGCGGAUCUACGAGGCCAGAGCCACUGUCAGGAGGGCGACGCGAAAGGGUCAGCGGAGGCAGCUGAAAAGCCUGACGAGCAGAUGGAUUAUAGAAACCCGCGGGAGAAAUCCAUCACAAGGAAAAGACCUGGAAGCAAAGAGUCCCCUUCACAGAGUAAAAAAUCACGCAGGCUUUUGGGCGAGAGCAGCCAGUGUUCGGCGGUGCCGCUGGAAGUGACACCGAGGAAGUCCAAAACGUGAGGUUUCUACAGGACUGAAGACGUUGUGGUUUGGUGAAAUAAAGAGGAACUGAAGUUUAAAAAAAAAAAUAAAAAAAAUCUAAGUACAUAUCGACUCUCCUGAGAAUGGGGACGCUGGACAAGCACUGAAUACAAACACUAAAGUGGAGGCACUCAGUAAAAUUUAAUUUCCUCUAAAGCAGAUGAUGUAGCAUUGUGCAAUUAGUCUCCCUUUUUGCCCAUUUUUUUUACUACCUGUGUAAAUAUUAUUUUUACAGAUGUAGCACAUAACUUUUCCCCCCAGUUUCACUUAUGUAAAACUGUGGAUUUCAUUUGAAGAACUGCAGAACUUAUAUAUAAUGCUUCCAAAAUGCUGUUGUGUUCUAAGAUGUAUUCUUUUUUUGGUUGAUUUUUUUCCAUUAUAUACAUUUACAUAAAAAUCAGGUUUUAAAGAUUCGCUAUACAUGCAAGGUGUUGUACAUUCAGGGUCUAUUUUUUAAAAGCAGGACAUUUUAUACUUUUUUUUUUGUAAUAAUGUUCAUAUUUGUUAAAUGGUUCCCAAGGAAAAUGUUGACUGGAGUAUUCAAAAGUGAAUUGGUUGAAACACAGGGUGAAAAAUCUACAGUAUUGUCAGUAUUACCUGAACUACAGCCACUGGCUAACCUGUGGAAGUGUCAUAGUUUAUUUAUGUGUAUUUUUGUAAAUUUAUUGGAAUGUCUGAGGUUUUUGCAAAAUGACCUACUGAUUAUGUAGAUUUUGUUUAUUAUAAUAAUAAUUUAAGAAUACUCCCUCAGACCUCUACCCCUUCUGAGCUGAACCUGCCCAAUAUGUUGUUAAAAAUCUGACAGUUCUGAAGUGUCCAUUUGUAAGGCACGUUUCUGUUGACAUCAAUGACACUGUAAUGAAUGCAAAAACAUGCCACAAAAUUGGGGGUGGGGCCAAAAGAUAUUUUAACUGCCUGUGUAAUUUUUGUGAAACCUUGAAAUGUACCUGUGUAUAUAACUUUGUAAAGACACUGAAAAUGUUACUAACUUAUUUAUGUCAAAUAUUUCUUAAAUUUGGGGAGGGGAUUUGGUUUUGUUCAUGGGUAUCCAAAGUGGAGUUUAACAAGCUGUAUCAGUUUGCAGACUGAGCCUAGUCAUAUUGGACGUGCGUGUUGUAAUGUAUUUCAAAUGCAAUCAAAAGAGAAACGGAAUUAAAUAAUCUGAUACUACGUGUCUAUUGAGAUUAUUAAAGUGAUUAAUCUGUUCACA